CAGAGCUUUCAACAAUGGAUCCCAAUACUAACAGCAAAGAAGAACAAGAUGAGGACCAAUAUGGGGUUCUUCUAUACUACAAGUACACCCAAAUUCCAGACCUUGACGACCUCUACAACUUCUACAACUCCAACUGCAACUCCCUCUCACUCCUCGGCCGCGUUCGUCUCUCUACUCUCGGCGUCAACGUCACUGUUGGUGGGAAGUUGAGUGCAUUGAAGAAGCACAUUGGUGAAGUUGAGUCGUAUAGUUUGUUUGAAGGAACUGACUUCAAGCUUGCAGCUUGUGGCCGCCCAUCGAAUGAUAAGGUGGCCGAGGAAUGUGGGUUCACUUCUCUGUCAAUCCGCAUUGUCAAGGAAUUGGUUACUCUUAGCUGUAAUCCUCUGAUAAAAUCGCCCGAGAUUUCACAUGCUGGAAAGCAUCUUUCUGCAGCUGAGUUUCAUUUCGUUUUACAGAAAGCUGGACAAUUAGACCCUGAGACCGAAGAACACAAUAGAGAACUUGUUCUAUUGGAUGCAAGGAAUCUAUAUGAAACGAGAAUCGGGAAGUUCCACACACCAAAUGUGGAAACUUUAGACCCGGGCAUUAGGCAGUAUAGUGAUCUUCCUUCAUGGAUAGAUGAUAACUCUGAUCAAUUGCAAGGAAAAUCAGUCCUCAUGUAUUGCACUGGAGGAAUUAGGUGUGAAAUGGCAUCAGCCUAUAUUAGGUCAAAGGGUGCUGGGUUUGAAAACGUCUUUCAGCUAUAUGGUGGAAUACAGCGGUAUUUGGAACAGUUUCCAGAUGGUGGUUUUUUCAGAGGGAAGAACUUUGUUUUUGAUCACCGGAUUUCAGUUGGGAGUUCAGAUGCAAAUAUUCUUGGUGCCUGUCUUCUCUGUGGCACCUCAUAUGAUGACUAUUCGUCACGCCUUCGUUGCACUUAUUGUAGAAUGUUGGUCUUAGUUUGUGACAGUUGCCAGCAGAGGAAGGGCUCUGUAUAUGUUUGUGAGCUCUGCCAGAAUCAUCACAAGGGCGUUGGGUUGACUUCUAUUGAAAUUCUCGGAAUCAGUUCACUACCAUCAGUUGAAACGGUCUCUUCAGAUGCUAAGCUCUCAUGUCAGGUGCCUUGCAGACAGGCUAAUGGGACUCCAAAAAAAUUGAGAAUCUUGUGCUUACAUGGGUUUCGUCAGAACGCCUCGAGUUUCAAAGGAAGAACUGCCUCACUAGCCAAGAAACUCAAAAGCAUUGCUGAGCUCGUGUUUGUGGAUGCACCUCACGAAUUGGCAUUCAUAUACCAACCACCCUCGGAGCCUCACAAUUGUACCUCUCCACCAACUUCACCACAACAAGGCACUCCUCUUCCACCACCCUCAGAGCACUGCAAGAAAAAGUACGCAUGGCUUGUAGCACCUGAUUUCCAUGAAAAAAAUGAAAGCGAAAGCUGGGAAAUGGGGGAUGGUCCAUUCGAUCCGCUGCAGUACCAGCAGCAAACCACAGGGUUUAAUGAAUCAUUGGCGUACCUCAAAACCGUGUUUGCUCAUGAAGGCCCAUUCGACGGAGUCCUCGGAUUUUCACAGGGCGCAGCAAUGGCAGCUGCUGUAGCUUUCGCCCAACAAACACAACGGACAUCAUCAAAAGCCCCGGAAAUGCAGUUCAGAUUUGUCAUUCUGUGCUCUGGCUUCGGCAUCAAGUUACUAGAUCAAGAGUUUAACAAGGAAACAAUGAUCAAGAAAUGCCACUGCCCUUCCCUCCACAUAUUCGGCAAGGAUCAUGGCAAAGACAGACAGAUUGCCAAGCAAGAAAGCCGUGAGCUCGCCUCCUUAUUCGACGAGGGCUGCUCCACCGUCAUCGAACACGACUCCGGCCACAUCAUCCCCGCUCGUGCUCCCUACAUUGAUCAGAUCAAGGACUUCCUCUCCCGUUUCCUCUAAAACCCUAGUCACCUAGUGUGGUGGGGGGCUUUAUCUCAAUUAUCUGCAAC